AUGCCCAGAAAAUAUCAGAGAAUUUCCACCGAGGAAGCCCUUGAGUUAUAUUUUGCACUUCCAAGUGACACUGAUGAUUCCGACAGAGAUCCGGACGAAGGAGCAGAAGAAGAAUUUUGUUUGAUCGAGAAUCAGGAGAGUAGUUUUUGGACGUCUGAUCUGCAGCCAGGCACCAGUACAGAACCAAGUAGUGUGCACAUUGUAGAUCAAGUGGCGAGGACAGUUUGCCUGCUGGCGCUCCUGGCGGCCGGCUGCGGCGGCGCGGCCACGGGCAAGAUGGCCGACCGGGAGGAAGCGGCGCCGCGACACGCCGACAAGCGGCUGGGGCUCGUCAGCUCGCUGGCCUCGGCCUCCGCCGGUCUCAGCAGCAGCAGCAGCGGCAGCAGCUCACACUCCUCCGACCCCGACGACGGCUACGGCCCGCCAGUCGAGCACCACCCGCACGGGAAGGAGUUCGACCUGUGGACCUUCAAGAAGGAGCUGCUGCGGUCCGUGUUCCAGAUCGUGAAGGCCCUGAAGGGCGGCCUGCUCGCGCUGAAAGGCCACAUCGUCAAGACCAAGGGCCAGAUCCUGGAGACCAAGGGCCGCCUGCUCGCGGCCAAGGGCGAGGCCAUCAAGGACUUCGGCAAGAGCGUGGCGGCGAACGCCUUCGAGAGCUCGCACCACCACCACCACCCGUCGUCGUCGGGGUACGGCGCGCCCUCCGGGUACCCGGCCUCGGGGCACGCGUCCUCGGGGUACUCGUCGAGCGGCGCGGGCGGCUCGCACCUGAGCUACUCGGGGCCUCCGCCCCCCGCGGGGGCGCACCACUCCGCCCACGGCGCGUCGGGCUUCGGCGGCUCCUUCUCGUCGCCGGCGCAUCUCUUCCCCGGCGCCGACCUGGCGCGCGUCGCCCACACCGCCGCCGGCAGCCCGCCCUUCAAGCCGCUGCCGGAAGGAGCGUCGGCCGGGCUGCUGAUCCUCAAGCCCGUCAGCCUGCCGGCGCCCAAGACCAGGAAGGACGUCGUGGCGGCGGCGAGCGACAUCAACCUGAGCCUGCUGCCGUACCCGGAGCUGCUUGCCGGCGGCAACCCCUACCAGCUGUAGCACCGCCAGGUGGGUGAGAAGCAGCGGUGCGCUGUCUACGCGAGGUGAAAGUAUUUAUUGCAAGGCCGAGACCAAGCCCCAUUUAGCGAGCUUCGCUGAAGUCAUUGCCACAGUGGAAAGGAAACAAGAGUUUGUCAAGAGAAACGGCGUCUUCAGAUCGGUUUUUCAAGACUUAAGUCUAGAAUUUAGCUCGAUACGUAUGUGAUUCAAAUUACUCAUCUAAGUAACUUGAAGGACUUUGGUAUCAUAGCACAGUUUCUAAAUAAUACACACAGUUAUUGGUACGCUUGGCAUUAGGGUACUCAGUCCUCUGUCGUUUUCAGUGGCAUUUAAAGUAUCCCGAGAAAAAAAAAUCAGUCGAUGCGCAGAGACAAUUGACGAUAUGAGAUGCAAACGAAGACAAAAUAAUGCUCACUCAAAAGACAAGUGGUGGCUGUACGCAGUGUAUAUCGUACGGGCAGGAAUAAAAUCAUUCGAGAAUCUGAAUGGAUUAUAUAAUGAGAUCACAUAAAUUAAUUUAUAUAGGAACACUCAAUUCUAAACUAUUUAUAUUCUUUUUUUAAUUUACCUAAGAACAAACUAAUAAUGAUUAUGCUGUUUUCCUUACAGUAAAUAAACCGUACUCGCUUUAACAUUAAUGGAAAGAAAAUAAAAUGAAUGUGUACAAAUUAAAUGUAUCAAGUGUAACAAAUUUAUGUAAGCACUGGUGAAAACUAAAGACUAUGUAAGCUAUUGUGAAUAUGUAAGUAUAUAGACAUUAGAGCUUCCAAUCAAACCUAUUUGUUGUUAAAUAAAUAUUGUUAACGAAAUAAA